AACGUGUUCAUGUGCAUUCACAUGGCUUGAAAAAAAAUUCUAGCCCUUUCCACAUGCGCUGACCUUCGAUCUUCACCACUCCUUUCUGGGGAAUCUCGUCAUAUACAAGUUGAAGGGCAAGUGGCAUUUAACCUAAACAAAAGAAUGAGAUUUUAUAUCAUCCCUUCUGUAUAAACAAACACCAUGAGAUUCGCAUGAACUGCUAUCUGACAGUACUUUCUCGACACUUUCAGGUUUAUCUUCACAGUUGAUCAGGUGGGCUUCCUGACACAGAUAAAUUUGUUUUAUCGUUUGAAUAGCCUUAGAAUUUCAGUCCCCAAGCAAAAGGGUUUUAUAUAUAGUUUGUGUGAUAAGACAUGAAUAGCUCUCGAAUUCGUCAAAUAGUCCAGCUGAGACAAGUCAUGAACAAAUGGCGUACUCUGGCUCUCAGCCGCAAAGUGUCUACGGUUAACGGGUGCGCACUUUCUGGCAGAAUCCGUUCAUCGUGUGACUCCGAUGAAGAGUGCUGCCGCAGCCUGCCGCCGCCGCCGGCGGACGUGCCCGAGGGUUAUCUGGCUGUAUACGUUGGGAAGGAGGAGAUGAGGCGCUUCAUAAUUCCUACCAGUUUUUUAAGCCGCCCUGCUUUCAGAAGACUUCUUGACCAGGCAGAAGAAGAAUUUGGGUUUGAUUAUCAAGGUGUUCUUACAAUCCCCUGUGAAAUGGCAGUUUUUGAGAAGAUUGUGAAGAAUGAAGGGUAUGAAGAAGAGAAAGAGGUGGUUAUUAUAAGCUGUAAGGAUGCAGAUGUUAGGAGUAUUUCUUCAUCUCUUUUGCAGGAAAGUUCUAUUGCUUGAGAUGUCUCUCUGCUCUGUUGAAUUACUGGGUGUUUUGUUUGGUUGUCUGCUGUGUUAAGUAACUUGCUGGUUUGUUUAUGAGUGGGUCUGAUGAUGAUUCUGGAAACUUGGGUGGAAAAUAUAGAGAUUUUGUGUAUAACAUGGUGUUUUCUUGAGAGCACUAAAUCUGAUGUUUUAGAGACAUCAUUCAAUUGGACUGCAGAAGCCUGAGGACUCUACUACAGUUUUGUUAGUUUACAGUUUACUGUUAAUGCUUAUCAUUGUACAAAAACGAUGGUAAUUAGCAAGUUAAUAUAUUGACCUUCUUUUGUUUCUGUAUCUUUAGAAA